AGAAUAUACAUGGAAUGCAAAAAAGGAUAAAAGUGGAAGAAAAAAUAUAGACAAUCUCAGUGCCAAUCUAACUAACCAGCUUGAAAAUGAGUACACCAAUAGUAACCGUGAAACAGGGCAAAUUAAAGGGGGCGAUCAUAGAGAACAUCCUAGGAUCAUCGCCGUACUACGCUUUCAGAGGGAUACCGUUCGCUGCACCUCCUGUUGGAGAACUCAGAUUUAAGGACCCGAUACCGAUUGGACCGUGGAACGACGUUAAGGACACGUCGAAACCCAACGAGUAUUACUGCCCGCAGAAGCAGAUAUACCCACCUUAUCAAAUCGUCGGGUCCGAGGAUUGCCUUUACCUGAAUGUCUACACCAAUUCUCUCGAUCAAUUGAAACCGGUUAUGUUCUGGAUUCACGAGGGUGCAUUCGUAUUCGGCAGUUCGAGUUUCCAGGAGGUGAGGCCCGAUUACUUGCUUCCCAAAGACGUGGUGGUCGUCUCGAGUAACUACAGAGUCGGUGCAUUCGGAUUUCUGAAUCUGGGCCAUCGAGUCGCGUCCGGGAAUUACGGCCUCAAGGAUCUGAUCUUGGCUCUGGAAUGGGUGAAGGAGAAUAUCUCCAACUUUGGAGGGGAUCCCAACAACGUGACGAUUUUCGGCGUGAGCGCAGGAUCGGUUUUGGUUCACGCCUUGCUUUUGUCGCCACGCGCGAAAGGAUUGUACCACAAAGCGAUCGCGCAGAGCGGAGUGCUUUGGAGCGCCUGGUGCAGGAAUCAAAGUCAACCGGAACGUGGAUUUAAAUUGGCGGCUACUCUCGGAAAGGAAACCGACGAUCCCGAGGAGGUGGUCGAAUUUCUUCGAAAAAUGACGGCCGAGGAUAUCGUGAAAGCUCAGUCUGCCAUCCUCACGUUGGAGGAAAAAUUCUCCUACUCGAUUCCUUUCGGGAUCAAUUGCGACGAGAUGGCGGAGAAUCCCGUUAUGCCGGAGUCUAUCGAGCAAUUACUCACGAAAGUCGCUAACGUACCCGUGAUAAUCAGUUACACGGCACACGAGUACAUCAUGUUCCUGAGAGGCAGAAAUCAAAAUGUAUUGAACGUUUUGAACGAGUAUCUGCCCACGUACGUGAGCAGUUUGGGAAUGUUGAAGAAGUUGGAGGACGAGGAAAUCGAGGAUUUGUACAAAAUUUUGACCGAUCAAUACUUCGACGGGAAACCGAUCAACGAUAAGAAACUACGAAAAGUGAUCGAUCUUCUCACUCUCAUCUAUUUCGAGCUACCCGCCAUUAUAACUAUAGAAGAUCGGGUGAAGAGAUCGACCUUGCCUACUUAUCUCUGCAAAUUCUCGUUCGUUGGCAACGAGAUAUCUCUCUCGGAUCUGGUGGUGAAACGUCACGUUUCUGGAGCAUCUCACACCGACGACGCCCCGUAUUUGAUAUAUUCACCGAGGUUAAAAAGUGACGAUCCUGAACCACCGGCGCUCGGCACGAAAGACAGGACCACGAUAGAACGAAUGACCAGGAUGUGGACUAACUUCGCUAAAACGGGGAAUCCCACUUCGAUUCAAGACGAGUUCGUCGACGUCGAUUGGAAGCCUGCUACCUCGGACAACCUCUCCUACUUGGAUAUUGGCGAUAAAUUGGAAAUCCUCCCUGUUUUACCACAUAUUCUAAGGGACGAGGUGUUGAACAGCAAUAGAAAUCGAAUAUCAAAAGAAAAAAGACAAAUGAUGUCGUCUUUUUUCAUUGACCGCGAAGAUGGCAAACAAUUCUGGCUCUGGUGAACCAAAUAGAAAUUA